GUUCAUUUUCUUCUUGAUCUUCGGGGUAAGCGGUGGUGUGAACUUUCAUCUGUUACUAUCCUCUAAAUAAGACAAUUUCAAUUAUAUUCCUAUUUUUUAAUUAACUAAACAAAAAGUUAAAUGGGAAUUAGUAUUUUAUAAUUUUACCGUGCUAGUGAAAUGAGUUUAGAGAGAUGGAGGAAUCGAAAACAGAAACUAAUUUAUAUCGCGGCCACGUGGCCAAGCGUCUUACCCGAGAAGAAAUCGACAAGAUGUUGGCUCAAAAUUCACGUUUAGUUCCGGAAUUUAGCGCGAUGCAACUUGAAAAAAAUGCAAAGAAAUAUUGGGAUUUAUUUUAUAAGCGAAACGACACGAGAUUCUUCAAAGAUAGACAUUGGACCACGCGCGAAUUCGAAGAACUUUUAGAUUUGGAAAAAGAGCAUGGCGUUCUAUUAGAAGUUGGAUGUGGCGUUGGAAAUUUAGUUUAUCCCUUGCUCGAGGAUGGUCUUAAAAUUAAACAGAUAUAUGCCUGUGAUUUUUCUCCACGAGCCAUAGAUUUUGUUAAAAGUCAUAAGCUUUAUAACCCUGAGAAAAUAAUAGCUUUUCAAACAGAUGUGACCAUAGAGAAUUGUUUCUCUGAAAUUCAUAUUCCUGUAAAUGUAGUAACAUUGGUCUUUGUAAUGUCAGCUAUACAUCCAGAGAAAUUUGAAAGCUUAAUUGUAUUUUACAGAGUAAUUAAGAAUUUGUAUACAGUAUUACAUACUGAUGGGGUUGUUUUGUUCCGAGAUUAUGGGCUGUAUGACAUGGCACAAUUAAGGUUUAAGCCAGGACACAAGAUUGCUGAAAAUUUCUAUAUGCGUCAAGAUGGGACAAGGACUUAUUAUUUCUCAGUGGAUGAAGUACAAAAUAUGUUUCAGUCUGCAGGAUUUGAAACAAUAUCAUGUUUGUAUGUUGAGAGACGAACUGUAAACUUGAAAGAAAGUAUUGAUGUACCUCGAAUCUUUGUACAAGCUAAGUUUAAAAAGUCUUGAACACAUGAUAGCUUUUUCCUGAAACUGAAAACAUCAGCCUGCAGUAAUGAGGGUUUGGUCAUCCUAUCACCAUCUCAAAAUGCAUAUUGGAGAAUUCCAAAAGCUUUGUCAAUAGUUGUGAAGGCAAAAUAAUCCAUUACCAUAUAAAGAUAUAACAAAGAAUUCUGACAUGUUUAUCAUCAAUCAGGGUGAUGUCCAAUUUCAACUGCUGUCCCAAGAAAUACAUUUAUUAAAGGUGGUUGAAUUGGUGGAAUUGGUGGUGGUGAUUAAGAUUGAAUUGAAUCGACGUUCAUAUCAAAAUUCUCAUUUAUACCAAUCUGAGCAGAUGAAAAUUUUUACAUGAAUUGGCAUUCCAAACUAAUGAAGAGCAUAAAGUUUCUCUACCUAAUAAUUGGUCUUGUAUUUAAGAAGGUUAAUAAAUGGUCAAUAACUUUUUACUUUA